CUGUAACAACCGGGGCCGGGUCGAAACGGGGCGAAAAGCGUCUUCUCGUUGGAAAAUCCUGCAACGAACUGACACCAAAUUACACCAACGGAACCGCGUUAGAACGAGAAGACAGCGAGAGGAAGACCCGCGACCCAACCCGGCCCGGACACACGGAGGAUAAGCGAACACAGAUGUCAGCGGAUUUUCCCAUUUUCUCCCAAAUCAAGACUCUGCCCCUAGUAAGAAGAAGACACCGGGUUGUGCGUAAUAAUUAAACCAAUCUGGAAAUGUUGGCUAUGAAACGGUGCAUUUGAAGACUUUAUAACCUGCUGUCUGCCUUUUAAUAAACCAGGAAUGCAUCAUUUAUUUCAACCCUGCAGGUUUUACAGGCUGUCAGUAGUACAUUUAAGCCAUUGUUGAGAAUAGAACAAUGACCUCAGAGCUUUGGUGACUUUACAACGCUUUUUACGCAUUGCAUUUUGACAAUCAGCAAAGCUUGGGUGCGCUCGGUUGCUGUCUGGUUGCUCGGUUCACAGUUAAAGUAUUUUUUGGCACGCACAAAACUGCUCCUAUAGGGCGUCGCAAGAUUCAUGACCAGCGCGUCUUGGCAAAAAGAAACGACCUUCUACUACGUCUCGCCUGGAAUAAGGGUCCCCUUCACUUUACCAGACAGAGCGUUUCCAUGGAGACAGGAGCGUCCCUCGGCCUGAAAAGACGAUAUGAAGAGGUGGACCAGGGCUCUCCAUUUUCGCUCACGCCAAAGGACUCAGACGAUGACAUCUCCAGCAGUGACAGUGCAGACAGCUGCGAUAGCCUCAACCCCCCAUCCAGUUCAUUCACACCCACGUCCAUUCUCAGACGACACAAACCCUCUCUGGGGGGUAAGAGAGUGCGCUUCGAUGUGGUGACGGUGUAUUACUUCCCCCGGAGGCAGGGCUUCACCAGCGUGCCCAGUCAGGGGGGCAGUUCUCUGGGCAUGGCUCGGCACCACUGCUCCAUCAGACACUACACUCUAGGGGAGUUUGCCAGAGAGCAGGAGUCCAGCCACAGACACACACUCCGACAGCACCUCAGACAGGAGAAGCUCAAUGCACGCAAGAUGAAGCUGACGCGUAACGGCACAGUGGAGUGUGCCCAGGCGGAGCUCCUGACGCUGGAUGAUGUUUCUGAUGAGGACUUGGACGUGGAUGGUCUGGAAGUGGACGACUGCUUUUUUCUCCAGCCUCUGCCCACGAAGAGACGCCGGGCACUGCUCAGAGCCUCGGGCAUCAACCGCAUCGAUGCCCGUGAGAAGGCCGAGCUGCGCGCCCUCCGCCUGUCCAGAGAGGAGUGUGGGUGUGACUGCCGCCUCUACUGUGACCCCAGACACUGUGGGUGCAGCCAGGCAGGGAUCAAGUGCCAGGUGGACCGCAUGUCUUUCCCGUGUGGUUGCUCCAGAGACGGUUGUGGAAACAUGGCUGGUCGGAUUGAGUUUAACCCCCUCCGAGUCCGCACUCACUACCUACACACCAUCAUGAAACUAGACUCAGAACGAAGGAAAAUACACCUUCACGCAUCUGAAGACCACUUUUCCCAAUCCCAACUCACCCUCACCCCUCUCCGCCCCGUCUCUCCGGACCAGUGCUCUUCUAUGUCAAGCGCGGACAGUGAACUACAACAACUGGAAGUCGAGGAAGCGGUAGAAAUUCAAGAUGUUUUAAAUGAGCGUGACAUAUUGGAGAGAGAGAACGAAACGGCAGUGCUUCAUCUGCAAAGCGCCGAGGAGCAGGAGAGGAGGAAGAGAGAGGAGCUAGAGGGCGCAAUAGAGCAGGAAUUAACGAGACAAGCAGAGGUAGCAUCCAUGGAGGAAGUGCUAUUGCAAGGUCCUUUUCCUACCGGAGCUACUGUCCUCUGCAUCUCCGAAAACCAAGAAGAAACGCCAUUUAACAAGGAAGAAUUGCUGUACUACCAACUUAGUCCUAUAGAGGCAGGUGCGUUCGAGACCCUACCCCAAGAAGAGGAGGGGUGCGUACUCGCGGGGCAAAACUUGGGGCAGAUUCAACAAGAAGAGGUAAAAACAAGCGAGGAGGUGAAUUCCUGUGAAAGUAUGAUUAGCACAAAGCAGGAGAUAGAAGAGCUUAAAUGUGUUGAGAAUUGUAGACCACCAAGUCCCCAGCAUAGCCCACCUAUAAACCAGUGCCAAGAUCAUACCCGCUUGGAUCAAGAAGUUUACUAGCAUUUCAGCAUAUGUUUGCACAAUAGCUUAAUCUAUGAUGAAUUAAUGUCACAUUUACAACAUUCAUUACAGCUUCGAAUAAUAGGCUGCGAUCUCCAUAGUCCAUCCAUCCAUUUUCUUCCUCUUUAUCUGCAGUCUGAGCAGAGAGGCCCAGACUUCCCUUUCCAUGCACAAUCCCUCCAGCUCUUCCGGGGGGAUCCCGAGGCAUUCCCAGGCCAGCCCAGAGAUGUAGUCCCUCCAGUGUGUCCUGGGUCUUCCCCGGUGCCUCCUCCCGAUGGGACGUGCCUGGAACAGUGGAAUAUAUUACCUAACAUGCAUGCAUGGACAAAACAGCAGCAUCCGUUGUUAUUUUGUUCAUGUUAAAUAAUUCAGCCUUAUUAUUUGAAAAAGAGAUUAAUUUAUAAAGAAAAAGCAAAAAAAAAGUGGAAAUCCAUUUGAACUUGAAUGCUGACACAAACCUUUCUUCGAGAGAUGAAAAUAACUCUACACAAACUGUCUCAUUCCCGUUCAAACAUAUGGCGGCUGUUGUCGAACCAAAUCAAGUGAAAGUACCCUCCGCUGAACAUAGACCUUAUAAUCCUGGAAAUACUUGUUUUUCGUGUACUGUAUUCGCAUUAUGUGAGACUGACCAAUGUGUUUUUUAUUUUAUUUGUGUAUGCACAUCGAGAAGAGAGGACUGGUGCGGCUCUACUGGGCUGAAAUAGGGCUGCAAGAUAUUCAACAGCUAUAGUUGAAUUGUGCUAUCACUUUUGCAUUAUUUUAUUUCUGACGCAGUAAGUUCACCCAAUCUAAAAAUGUAAAUAAGUUUGAUUACUAAUUACGCUGUGUGAAGUCAGACCUUACCAUUAACCAAACCAUGGCUAAAACUUAAACUGUUACACUGUUGAACUUUUUAUCCCUUCUUACAGUAGAUCUACUCUACUGCAGUUAACAAGCAGCUUUUUUUUUUUUUUACAAAGUUGAAAGAAAAAAAGUUGUUUGGGAGGUGCAUUGUGAACUAUAGUAACUCAGUAGAAAAGAAAUAUAAUUGCAGGUAACACUGCUAUAGGUAUUUUUGUGGUAACUUGCUGGUAAAUAACAGCAAGAACAAGAACAGCAUACAUUACAUUUUAAUGCCUCUAUAUAGGUUUAAAAAUGGUCUGAUGGACUGAAUAACUUAACAAUGAGAAUGAAGUUUCUUCUAAUAUCAUCAUUGCAUUAGAUGACAAUAUUAAGAAUAUUUUUUGUGAUAUAUUUUGCAGCCCUAUCCUCUAAAUGAGGAGCAGUAGACUGGUUCUUGUCAAUGCAGUGGUCUAUCUCUGUAGUCAGAAAGGUAGUUUGUGAUGGUUGCCCAUGAUAUUAUUAAGAGUAACACGUCUUUUGUGAAUUAGAUACUGUUACAUUACAUCCAGCGUUGUUACUUGGAUAGAAAAUGCUCUUUCAAUCUCCAAUGCUUUUUUAUUCACUACUAAUUGUGCUCAAAGAAGUAGUCAUGCACAGAAAUACACUAAUCUGAAGAAAGACGAGUUUCAAAAGUGCUAUUCGUUUCACUGAAAAUGGUCCAUGAAGUAAUCAAUUUGUAUAUUAAUAUUUAGCGGUAUGCAUGUGUUGAGUGAAUUUUAAUUAUUAUUAUUAUGGCUGAGAAAAGAGAGGGUGUAUUAGAAUUUGUACAUGUACUGUAUUAGCAAUGGGAGUCAGUCAUAUGAAGACAUACAGUGCCCUUCACUAAUAUUACCACCAAUGAGAAAAUAUAGUAUGUACUGUAGUGUGUCAAGGAACAGGAGACAAGAUCACAUCGAUAAUGUAGAAUUUUAAAGCUCCACUGCGUAACAUUUCAGUUUAUAGGCUUAAAUAAACAAAAUAUAUCUUAAAGUAUGUUUGUAUUGCCCCAAAAUACGUUGAGAAACAUGCAUGCAUCUUGUGAUAAAAUAAAGGCUUUUAUUUUAGUCUAUUUAUUCAAAUAAAUGUUACACAGUGGAGCUUUAAGCAAUGUGAAGGAAGAAUGUCUUUCUUGUUGCAAAACACUAUUAGGAGGUGUAAAAAUAUUUAUGAAUUAUCAAUAGUGCCUGAUUAGACCUGGUUUAGUCCUUCUUAGUCCAGGUUUAAUCUUGUUUAGUCCGGGUUCAGUCCUGGGUUAGUCCUGGUUUAGAUCUGGGCUAGUCCUGGUUUAGUCUUGGGUUAGUUCUGGUUUAGACCUGGUUUAGACCUGGUUUAAUCUUGGUUUAAUGCUAGAUUAGUCCUGGUUUAGUCCUAGUUUAGCCCUGGUUUAGACCUGGGCUAGUCCCGGUUUAGUUCUGGUUUAGACCUGGUUUAGACCUGGUUUAAUCUUGGUUUAAUGCUGGAUUAGUCCUGGUUUAGUCCUAGUUUAGCCCUGGUUUAGACCUGGGCUAGUCCUGGUUUAGUCCUGGUUUAGUUCUGGUUUAGACCUGGUUUAGACCUGGUUUAAUCUUGGUUUAAUGCUGGAUUAGUCCUGGUUUAGUCCUAGUUUAGCCCUGGUUUAGACCUGGGCUAGUCCUGGUUUAGUCCUAAUUUAGUUCUGGUUUAUACCUGGUUUAGACCUAGUUUAAUGCUGGAUUAGACCUGGUUUAGUUCUGGUUAAACCCUGGUUUAAUGCUUAUUUAGUCCUGAUUUAAACCUGGUUUCUACCUGGUUCAGCCCUGGUUAACAGCUUAUUUAAUGCUGAUUUAGUCCUGGUUAAAUCCUUGUGUAGACCUGGCGUAGAGCUGUUGUAGUCCUGCUCUAGUCCUGGUUUAGUCCUUGCGUGCCAGUAUUAGCGGAGGGCUUUGUAUGUUUUUCCAGAUGGUGCUCUUGACUGAUGGUAGAGGUGAUGUAGAGACGCAAUAGCUGUUGCACUGCAAAUCAUUUAUAAUAGUGACGGAUGGGGUGUGUUGUCUUUGCAAUCUGCUAAUGUUUUAAUUUGAUAUUCUUGUGUCUCUUGCUGCAUAAGUGUGCCGACUCUGCCUACACAAACUAGUCCUCUGUGUUAGGGAUGGGCAGUUAACAGAAUCUGAAACAUGAUUGCAAUAGAUUGCAAAAUCCAUAAAAAUACUGUACAAGAACAUAUAUAUUAUUUAAUUCUGUUUUGAAUGAUAUUGAUGGUUAUUCUGCACCAGAAAAGGCAAGCCACUCUAAUGUACAUAAAAGAGAAAAUAUAAUUAUAGAUCAUAAUCCUUCUUCUUUAUGUUAAAUUUUGACCAGUAAAAAGAUAAAUUAGUAACUAGGAUUGUGCAAUUAACCAAAUUUUAACGUUCCAGUCUAUUAUAAUAAAUAUAUAGUUGGAAAUGACGAUUCAGUGAUGUUCUGAGUGGUAUGGGUGCUUGUAUGUGUGCUAGAGCAAAGCCACUCAUCUAAUCUACAUGAAAUACAAAAUCUUACUAAAUAUGGUCUCAAACUUGUAACUGUGAUUUCAAACAUGACUGAAUUGUAAAUAAUUAUGAUUCUUCUUUCUGUGAUUGAACAGCCCUGUUCUGUUGACCCCUUAAACGGUGGCUCUUCAGACAGAGGACAUGCAGCUGUGUAGGAGAUGUCUGUUGUUUUUAUUUGCCUUUUUAUUGUCUUAAUAUUAACCUGCUUGAAAUUGCACCAAAGCAGUGGCCACAAACCUAAUUAUAAGAAUCAACCAUGCAUUAAGCAGACCAUUAAGUAGCUCUGUUGUAAUUAUAAAGCAGCAGAUGUAUUGUGCACUGCAAAAAGAGUAGGUGUGACUAUCAGAUUUAUUCUUUCCAUUAUUGUGCCUGUUUUUAUUUGUAUUUUUUAAGCAAGAUUUUCAGCGAAACACUUCUUUAUAAAUAAUUAAAAGUGCAAUUUUAAUUUCUCCCUUGCCUACAAUUUUGCUAUGAGUAAAAAAUCAGCAACACUUGGUAAACACUCAAAAUUGUAGUCAUUUAUCUCAUUUUUUUUGCAGUGCACAAAGAAAAUCAUUACGUAGUGGCCUGCUGUAAUUAUAAUGCAGAAAUGUAUUGUAUAAUUGGCCAUUGUAUUCACUGCCUGUUGUGAUGCUUUUGUCUUUUUCAUCUGUCGUCAAAUUUAGGUUUGUGGCCACUGCCGUAAAUGAACUUCACUUUUUUGAUCGUGUGAAUGGGUGAGUGAGUGAUAGUGUUAACACAAUGUAAGGCUGUGAGAGGUGUUCUCAUGCUAACUGUUGCCUAAAGUGGAAAAGUUUUUAUACCAACAUUAAAAACAUUAAAACACACAACAACAAUGUCCCGCUGUUAUUUUUAAAUUAGAAGUUGCACUGUGUAAUUGGAUGGAAUCUGGUUGUCUCCGAGGAAUGUUUCACAGUAUGGCAUUACAUUAUCUAACACCGUGGAGAUAAGUAGGUGAUACCAC